AUGUUCCACGUCGACAAAUCUGGCGUCCGCGGAAUUGAGGGUGUGACGCUGCGGGAGACAGACCAGCGGACGCGGUUCUGGUGGCAUUAUCCCGGCUUGCGAUCUCUUAAUCUCCUACUUCUGGGCUGUAUUGUCUGUGACAUGACCAAUGGCUACGAUGGCUCUAUGCUCAACGGCCUGCAAAUCAUCGACCAGUGGCAAGACGCGCUGGGCCAUCCGAAAGGCACGCGCCUAGGCAACAUCACCAGUGGUACCCGCUACGGGCAACUCGGUGCGCUCCUCGUUGCGGCACCCAUAAUGCAGCGGCUGGGUCGACGGCUGUCCAUUAUUAUCGGAUCGUGCAUCUUGCUACUUGGCGUCGCGCUGCAGGCUGCGUCAGCCAGCUACGAUAUGUUUGUCGUGGCGCGUGUGCUUAUCGGCUUUGGGAAUACAAUUCAGAACAUGGCUUGUCCCAUUCUGGCUUCUGAGCUUGCUCACCCUUUUCAGCGCACCCAGAUCAUUGGUAUCCAGAAUACGACCGGAUCACUAGGUCAGAUAAUGGCCGCUUGGAUCACAUACGGCACCUCCUUUAUGGUAUCAUCAUGGGCCUGGCGCCUGCCCUCACUACUGCAGGCCGUGUCUUCUAUCUUUCAACUUGUCAUGAUGUUAUUUACGCCUGAGAGCCCGCGAUGGCUUGUGCACAAAGGACGGCGUGAGGAGGCAUACCAGAUCCUCGUCAAGUACCAUGCAGAAGGGGAUCACUCCUCACAGCUGCUUCAAUUCGAGAUGGCAGAGAUUGAGGCAGCUAUCGAAGCAGAGCAGGUGCAAGCGCGAACCUCGUGGAUGGAGUGGUUCCGCACGUCGGCCAACCGGUACCGACUUUUCAUUAUCGUGACAUCCGGGUUUAUCAUCCAGUGGUGCGGCAACGCGCUCAUCACGUACUACAUCAGCCUUGUUUUCGAGUCAAUUGGCAUCACCAGCUCCAAAAAGAAGCUGCUCCUCAACGGUGGUAUAACCAUCAGCGGCUUCAUCUGGGGCAAUGUAUGGUCGCAACUGGUGGAUAAGAUGGGGCGACGGCCGAUGUGGCUGACUGGCAUGUCGGGUAUGUUCGUCGCCUUUCUAAUGAUCACUAUCUUCACGGGCGUGAACGCGAGUAUCGGCUACACCAACGCGGGUCUGGGAAGUGCCACCAUCUUCGCCAUCUUCCUUUUUGGAUUCUUCUACAAAAUGCCCGGCUGCAUGACCGCAUCGUACGUCGCUGAGAUCGCACCCUUUGGCCUCCGUGCUAAGGCAUUCGUCCUUAAUGGCUUCGGUGACGCGGCGGCCAAUAUUUUUAGCGGAUACACGAACCCUGUUGGACUUGAGGCUAUUGGAUGGAAGUACUACAUUGUUUGGUGCUGCGUGCUGGUUAGCAACUUCACCAUCAUCUACUUUUUCUACCCUGAGACCAAGAAGCUUAGUCUUGAGGAGGUGGGCCAGCUUUUUGACCAGCCGUUGAGAGCUGUGGAGGCAAAGCUGGCGAAUGAUGAGGCUGAAGAUGGGACACCAGUGACCCAUGUUCCAGUGAAGACGGUGGAGUGA